AUGUCAACAGAAACAGAGAAACCGCCCCUGGAAAGCCCCGAGGUGGCCGGCGAGCACUCCAAAAAGUCCAAGAAGCGCAAGAACGACCCCGAAGAGAUCCAAGUCGACCUCUCCCUGCCCGAGCCCCCGUCGAAGAAGGCAAAGCGUCUCUUGAAGAAGGGCAAGCCCCUCCCCGCAAAGAAGGGUUCAGAUGAUGAGGCCAGCGACAUGGAGGACGGCGGCGCCAGUGGCGACAAGAAGGACAAGGACAAGAAGAAGGAGCGGUCGCUAUACGGCGUCUGGAUAGGCAACCUGCGCUUCAGCGUCACCAAGCACGACCUGCGCGACUGGCUGGUAGACAACUCGGGCGGCAGCAUCACCGCCGAGCACAUCACGCGCAUCAAGCUGCCAUCAUCAAAGCCCAAGGGCGCGAGGCGGUCCGAGGCCGGCGCCGGCGCCGCCGAACCCUUCGAGAACAAAGGCUACGCAUACGUCGACUUCUCCACGUUCGACGCCACAAUCGCCGCCAUCGCACUGUCCGAGACAGAGUGGCACCGCCGUAAGCUGCUGAUCAAGGACGCCAAGAGCUUCGAGGGCCGGCCGGCCAAGCCCAAGGCCGGGGCAGACGACGCCGGGGCUGGGGCCGGGGCGGCGGCGGCCGAGAAGGCCAACGCAGAGGCCCCCAAGCCCACGACCAAGAAGAUCUUCGUCGGCAACCUCAGCUUCCAGACCACCGAAGACGACCUCCACGAGCUGUUUGGGACCUGCGGCGAGAUCGAGUGGGUCAAGGUCGCGCAGUUCGAGGACUCGGGCAAGUGCAAGGGCUACGCGUGGGUGAAGUUUAAGGAACCCGAGGCGGCUGAAUGGGCCGUGAAGGGGUUUGUCAAGAUCAAGGAGGUCGAGGAGACGGAGGAGGACUUUAUGGAUGUCGACGACAAGGAAGAAAAGCCGGAGGGCGAAGAGAAGGACGCCGAAGAGAAAGGCGGAGAAGAUGACGGGGAGGAAGACGACGAAAAGCAAAAGAAGAAGAAGGCUGCGCAGAAGGCGAAAUCACAAAAGGAGGAGCGCAGGGUCAAGACCCGGAAAUGGUGGGUCAACACAUUGCACGGGCGGCGGCUGAAGAUCGAAGCGGCAGAGGACGACCAGACAAGAUAUAAGAAGCGGUACGGUGGUAAGGGGGCCGCUGGUGCCGCCGGCGGUGCUCAGAAGGAGAGGCCCGCCAGGCGUGAGGCAGGCGGCGACAAGCAGCACCCACAGGGUACCAACCACAGGCACAACAACAACAAGAGGAGACAGCCCCACGCCGACGGAGGAGGCAAGGACGCCGAGACCAGCACACUUGCACCCAAGGAGGCAGAGGUUAGCAAUUUCCGCCAGGACAUCAGCGUCGCUAGGUUGACGGGCGCGCCUGUGAAGCCAGAGGGCAAGAAGACGACCUUUGAUUGA